AUGACAAAGAAGAUAAUUACAAUUGUGGGCGUGACAGGCACCCAGGGCUCCUCUGUUGCUGAUGUCUUCCUGAAAGAGGGUGGCUGGCAUGUCCAGGGCAUCACUCGCGAUCCAAGCAAGCUGUCAAGCCAGGCCUGGGCAGACAAGGGAGUUGAACUUGUCAAAGCCGAUAUCAAUGACUUUGACACGUUGAAGCCGGCUUUUGAUGGAUCAAACAUGGGUCUUCCUAUGGGUGGUGACGCGCUGGUCCCACUAGUCGAUCCCCGACAGGACACAGGUACGUAUUCCGGUCCGUGUUCUGAAGAAUUUGAACCGCUGACAUCGAGUUUCCAAGGCAAAUUCACAAAGGCUCUAGUCCAAACUGAACCGGGCAAGACUCUUCUCGGCUUCGGCAGCUUAAUCAGCUGGAUCAAAUUUGCAGCUCUGUGGGGAAAGACAUACGGGGCAACGUGUCGCUAUCAGCGUAUUGACCGUAAAGUCCUGGAAACUGCUGUUCCUGGCUGUAUCGGUGAGGGACUAGCAGAUAUGUUUGAGUACAUUGGAGAGUUUGGCUAUGAUGGAUGUGAUCCCAGCAUUGUUUACCCUGAUAAUCUUGGUGUGCAUAUUCCGGUAUACACGACGGAGGAGUAUAUCAAGGAUGAAGAUUAG